AUGACAAACAAGUUUGAAGCAAACCCAGGAGAUUUAGUAGGGCUUGAUUUGAUAGCCAUUUGUAUCCAGAGAGGCAGAGAUCACGGUUUGGCAACGUAUAAUGAUUUAAGGCAAUAUUGUGGCUUGCCAAGAGCAAAUUCUUUUAAGGAUUUACUUGAUGUCAUCAGGAAAGAGAAUAUACAAAAACUAGAAAAGCUCUAUAAGAGUCCAGAUGAUAUCGAUCUGCUCGUAGGAGGGUCCUUGGAAAAGUUGGUGCCUGGAGCUCGAGUUGGGAAAACAUUUUUGUGUAUUAUUACUGAACAGUUCAUUAGGACCAGAAAGGGGGAUCGUUUUUUCUUUGAAAAUUCUGGCGACAUUGGUUUCACUUUGCCCCAACUUCGAGAAAUACGAAAAGCUAGUAUCUCAAGAUGGCUUUGUGAUAAUACUCACAUCAAACGGAUGCAACCCAAUAGUUUUGUACAAAUAUCAACUGAAAAUAAGCUAGUUGAUUGCAAUGAUUUGCCCUUGGUCAAUCUUAAGUUAUGGAAAGAAUGAUAGAAAAAUGC